AUGGGAAAUUCAUACAACAUAAUUCUUCUAUCUUUUUUAUUGUCAUGUUAUCUUAAUAAUCUUGUUAUCUCCCAAGGCACAGCCAGAGACUCAUACUCAUCCAGAUUACAAACUAGCAGAUCUUUCAGUUGUUUACAAGCGGGAAAUGCAAGUAUUCCCUUCCGAAACAACGUAAACAUCCUUCUACCCGAUUUCAACCAGCAAUUCUCCAGAAUUCGCUAUCACAACACAAGCAUCGGCAACAGUUUUCCUAACAGAGUCUAUGGCUACUACAUGUGUCGAUCAGAUGUCACCCUCGAGGUUUGUCAUAGUUGCAUACUCAACAGCACACAGUUCGCUAUACAAGCAGACUGCGACCAGGUCGAAGGGACUUAUUUCGCAGAGUUGUGCAUCUUUCGGUAUUCAAAUCACAAUAUGUAUGGCUUAUGGGUGAACACGGUAGCAGUGUCUGACUACAUUGAAGCAAAUGUAUCGAAUUACCAGCACUUUAAUCUUACAUUGGCAACCACAUUGGAAAAUGUGAUCAACGAGGGUGCUAGAUUGGGUUUCGCCACCCGUGAAGCUAAUGUUUCAGGAGAUGAGACUAUAUACAGCAUGGCUCAGUGCACACCUGAUAUUGUAGGUGUGAAUUGCAGUCAAUGCUUACGAUCUGCAAGUUCUAUUCUUAGAGAUGGUGCUCCGGCUGGCUUUGCUACCAUGAAUAAAUGUUAUCUCAGAUAUGAUAAUGUCUCGUUUUAUGAUAUUGGAGGGCCGAAUGUUAAUACAGGGGAAAGUGGUUGUUCCGGUAGGAUUUGGGAACGGUUGGAGAUGUCUUGCUGGUUGAGUGCUGCUGUUAUCCUGAUGAUAUCCUGCGCAGAUAACAAAGAUGAACUAGCCUCGAGGGUGAUUCGAGGAUCCCCCUCCGAUGCUAAAGUCAGCUUUCUCGUAGUGAAUACCACCUGUAAUUUCGCUGAAACUAAGCAGAUAGGGUGUCCUGCUCCCUCUUACCGAUAUGCUCCUUUGGGGAUGCUUGGACGCUGA